UUUCCCCAUCCCUUGUCUCAAACACCAGCCUUAGAUUGAAAAAAGAAAAGGGAAUCCACGGGAAAGUGUGUAAACGAGUCCAAGGGGAAAGCAGAGACACCAAAAAUGGUGGUGAACCAUGCUCAAACCCCGCUUGGUGUACGUACGAGGUCCAUGACUCUGGAACUCAAGCGUUUACAGAAGUUACCUGCUUCACCAUCAGCUACAUCUGCAGCCAUUGGAGAUGGUGGAUCCUAUCUGCAACUGAGGAGCCGUAGGGUGGAAAGGCUCUCACCAUUUGCUGCUAAAGCAAAAACCCGAAAGAUUCUCAAGGGUUCGACUUCAAAGAGCCAGGGAACCGGGCCAGCCAGUGAGAAUCAAGAAAGUGAGAAAGACAAGGGGAAGGGUCCAAUGCUGGAGGAGAAUGAAAAUGAGGAGAAAAACAAUAACCCUGAUGAUUUGAAGGUGAUGGAGUCCUCCUGGGGAGAGAAUAACUUGGAGGCUGAAAGUGCUGAAAGGGCCACAAGGGAGACCACACCAGUCCAUUUGAUUAGGGAUCCAAACGCUCUGGUUCUUCCCCCCUUUUCAAGCACCAGGCGUCGCUACAUCCGCACCACAAGGGCCAAUCCAAGGCAGUUCAUUAACCCGGUAGAAGAUUACCUGAACGCACUUUUUGGUGAUCUUGAAGAGAGGCAUAAAAACAAGUGCAUUGAGAAAUACAACUUCGACUUCGACAAGGAAGAGCCGCUACCUGGCCGUUAUGAGUGGGAGAAAUUGAUGCAUUAAUUUGGUUUAGGAAAAGUGUUACUAGGGGAUGGAAAUCCUUGUAUUUCCAUUGCCGUAUCUUUUAUGUACAAAAUAAAGGGAGUAGGGUAGUGAAGGACUUGUAGACUAAUGAUCUGUGACAUGUUAAAGGAGAUCUUGCAGUGUCGUGUCGUGUCUUUUAUGUACAAAACAAGGGGACUAGGGCAGUGAAGGACUUGUAGACUAAUGAUAUGACUUAUAGAACAUAGAGCUUAAGAAACUCCUUUGUAUAACAGAUUACUAUAUUAGCUCAGUUUCUUCAAUUAGGUUAAGUCCCCUUGUUGUCUAGAAGUUCAUUAGUCGUCAUCGUCGUGGUCGUCGUGGUCGUCGUCAUCGUCGUCAUCAGUCGUCGUCAGUUGUGUUUGUAUAAGUUUCUUUGUUCAUUGUUCGUAACUGUACCGU